UUUUAAUUUUCAAUUGCGAGAUGUCAACAUUCCUCUUUAUUUCAUGAUAUUGACUUAAUUCCUGAUCAAAAUGGGCAUAGGGAAUAUUGCAGUGUUAGCCCAAGUUACAGCCUUACUGCUUGCAUUGAUAUUUUCGUUUUUUAUCUUCAUCCCUUUGAGCGUGAACAUCCACCAGUUUGAAGGCAGAUGCUUGUUGUAUGCCACUGGAAAAUGGGUGACAAAUAGUACAUCACCACAGUUUAAUUUAGAUGUCGAGUGGGGCCUUCAGGGUUAUUGUGGCUUCUCAAUCUUCAUGGGAGUGAUGUCAAUGCUCACAGCUCUUGGAUACAUGAUUCUCAUGUCUUUCUACUUGAUCCAAGGAAACGAUCUGCCCUGGUUGUCGGCAUUUAUCAAAAUGGUGGUGACUUUUGUGCUUACUGCGAUGAUGCUGAUAUCAGGAAGUACUUUGAGCACUGGUUUUAACCAGUGGUGCUCAGUGAUUACACAGGCACCACAGACAUACAGCUGCGAGGAGGCAGACACAAUCCCAUUGCAUGUUGGCGAAAAUAUAGACACUGGAGAUUUCUUUGUAGAGUUCGGAAUGGCACAGUUUGGUUCCUGGUCAUCGUGGCUCUGCUGGCUGGUAUUGUUCAUCUUCUCAUUGGCACGAAUCAUCAAAUUCAAUAAACAAGAGGACUUCCUGAAGAGUAUGAGUCGAGAGAGGCAAAGACUUUUGAGCAGUGUCACUCAGAAUAGCGGGGAAUAUUCAGGCAUCUAGAUUUAAAACUAUGCAGUGCUGUGCAGGUCCAUUUUUGCUGUGCAGAAGGGGGUGAGCUGGGUAAAGUGAGUUUGAGGCAAGGUGCCUGGCAAUUGCUCCAACUUAUCGGUGCCAAGACUAUUGAACAGUGUGUCUCAGAUUAGCGGGGAGUAUUUGAGCAUCUAUAAAAGUUCAAACCAUGCAGUGAUGUGCAGGUCCAUUUGUGCAAUGCAGAAGAGGGAGGGAGGGGGGACUGGGUGAGGUGGGGUUGAGCAGAGGGGACUGGUGAUUGGUUGUAAGGAGAAGUGACUCAGUAUCCCCUUUCACAUUCUGAUUGCCAUAAGUUCUCUAACUAUUUCCCAGAAGAUCAUUUGACAAUCGUGAAUAAGAGUUUGAGGCUAAAUCCUUUUAAAGUGAUUUUUAUUCUGAAGGUAAUGUAUAUACAAUCAGUGAAUCUCCAUCAGAUCUUCCAAAAUCAAACCAGCACGCAUCACUUUGUUGUUCCUUAACGCCCUACAGAUUCCGUGGGCUGACAGAAAAUGCAUUUGAGGAUGUUGUGGCCAUACACUUUCUAUACUGUAAACCUUGCAAUUUUUGCAUACAUUUUAAUUCUGUUACAUUUUUCAUGACCAGAAGAAUCUGUGAAAAUGAAACCAGCGAAAAGCAAGAUUUUGACUGGUAUUACUGUUACAGUGUUCUCAAAGCGCUUUGAAACUACGCCAAAGAUUCCAGUUAACAAAACCGUGAAGUGUAGAGAGCCACAAAUAUUUCCUGGUUUACAGUAUUUUUAUACUAUUUUAUGUUUGAAUGUGCUUAGAACAAAAUUCUUUGCAUAGUUUGCCUUCAUGUCGCACACACUUAUUGCCAGAAUUCAUAUAAAACCAGGUAAAUGGAAUUGAAAGUCCAUCUGGUUUCUAUCAACUGGGUUCAGUUUAUAGUGUGAUAACUUUAUUGUAAUUUUGUCUGUAUAUUAUUACGUACAUUGCAUGUUUCUUUCGUUGAUGUUACAAGGUGCAGUGCUUACUAUUAUUACAUGCAGCUGAAGCCUAGAAUGCACAAAAAAUCAAAAUGAACAAUACUCGAGGUCUUUAGCUCUCUCCUUGCCAAGAUAUUUCAAAGGCUUUUUAGAGAUUUAGUAACUUAAGAGUUUAUGGUUUAAUAUUAUAAAUUGUGCUUUUUGUAUAUUUACUCUAAGGAAUAGCAUCAAAAUCAAUGAUAAAUGGAUCUGAUCAACUUUGUUGUACACAGCUUUUCUUUUAUAUAUUUGUACAAGAAGCGGGAUCCACUUUUGCCAGAAAUUCAACUUUUUGGUAAGGGGAAUAUUAAACUUUUUAAAACUAUUAAUUAGGAGAAUUUGUAUAUAUUUUGGCAAGUAUAGAUUAGAAGAGACUUAAUUUUUGGGAAUGUAUAUAAUCAGAUUAUACAAGGUGAAUGCCUGAUGAAUAACUAAAACGACAGGUUUAUGAUUUAUUACUAGAUCUGUCCAGGUACAUGUAUUAAAGGGUGACUACAGGCAGUAGCCAAGUAGGCAAGACAAAGUUGCACAAAGUCACCAGUAGGGGUCUCCUAUCCCACCGUACAUCAGAACUAUUCAGGCUUGCAGGAGGAAGAUAUAAGUCUUAGCUCCACCAAUCCUAAACCUGCAGUUAGUACCUCUCCUGUGUUUUGUAAAUGUUGGAGGUUAGAAAGUGUGUAUCACGCAUGCGCCGUAGGGACAGCAGUUACAGAAAUCGAACGCGUCAUCUGUCGCCGUGCUAAGGAACUACAUGUACAGAUUGCCAUAUUUCUUGCGCUUCCACCUAUUAGAUGA